AUAAUCAAGGUUCGAUUCCCCGUAAAGUUGAAGCGAACUCGCUAAGUAUUUCAGGCGAGUGAAUCCAAAUUACAGGUUGGCUGAGUUGUCAGGCGUAGCUGGACCCCAUAGGAGACUUUUCUAAAUCUUUUGUAUUUUUCGUGUUACGUGAAUAUAUUCCCAAUUUCCACAGAUACCAUGCGAAAAGCUUGGGAUUCACGAGUGGCCGUCGAGGGAUUUUGUGUGCGAGAAUUUGGAUUGAUUCAGAUUGAAAAAUAAUCUGGAUGUGUGCUCUUACUCACGUCGGAAGCAUCGAAGAUCUGUUUAGAAGCCCUUUUCUUGAUUAGGAUUUUGACAGGUUCGGAUUUGAGUUGCUUUUUUGGUGGCCCGUUUGAGUUUAUAGCCGUGGUUUUUGAUUUUACGGCUCUCGGAACUGAAAUAUUUCGGCCAGCCUGUAGCCCUGAUCUGAUGCGAGGUUUCAGCAGUCUUCGAUGUUAGGAUGUGUAGCUCAUUUCUGUAAUUUCAGUUUUGGAGCGGCUUAUUGAACAUUUCUGAACGAAUCAGUAUCCUUGUAUGGUUUGAAGAAGUUUUCAUUUAUUGCAGAGCUUUGGGGUGCAUCAUUUAUGUUAUUUUCGGGUUUUUGAAGGUUCAAAAUUCCAAGAAUUCUUGGAUUUUCGGUUAUGUGUGCAAUUUGAGGGUUUCAGGUGGCAUUAUUGUGUUUGAAGCAUCUGUUGCGAUGUUAUUCUGAAUAUAUGUGAUAUGCAGCCUCGGUUGCGAGGUAUUGACUUUUAAUUCAGGGCUUUUGUCCUCAGGAUUGGACGAAUUAUGACUCAGGUGUAAGACAAUUGAAGGUUGUUAGCGUUGCAGUUGCCUUAAAGCCUUAAUGAAAGAACGUGCUCUGUCGCACAAAAAAUUACUGGAAAAAAUGAUACAAGGCGGAGAGUUUAUCAUAAUUGAAUUUUAUUAAUUGAAGAGUAGAGGAGGAUUAUACAGUAAAGUACAAAAUCCAGCAACUUUUCGUUCAUUUUGGUUGAUUUUGAGCUGUCGAGUUUAAAAGGAUUAAACACAAACACACGCCAGUGCUUAUUAGUCGCUCCUGGACAAGAUAUCCAUCUGGGGUCACUUCCUGGUUUGGCUGUGCUUUAAGGUCUGAGCGGACAGCAAAUCAGAGAAGUCACUGAGUUGAAUUUAUGAGUUCACAGUGAUUUGGUACAAAAAUAGAGCUGAAAUAAGUAAGUGUUAUUAUUUGGUAGAGCUAGUCUGCUAGAAGGCUUGAGAGGACAGCGAAACAGUGAAGACAGGGUUGAAUUUGUUGGCUAGAAUGUGUUAAAUGUGGUCCGAGCGUUUGGUACAGAUCCUUGAUUGUUAAUGGGUUUGUUUUCUUAGCUUCUGGGAUGACUAGCUUAGGUCUUAUUGUACCUCUGUUGGGGAAGAUUAAUGAUUAGCUUGGACCGGGCAAUUAGCAUCUCAACCGAUGGAAUUCAAGAAUAAGUCUGUGAGGUUUCACCGUGAUUUGGAUAGUGGAAUGUCUACAUGGGGAAACAAGGAUGAGGUGAACAAGACAGGCUUGAAAUCAUUUCAAAUAUCAACUCCCAACCCUUUGAAAAAACCUGAUGGCUUUGCAGAUUUGGGACGGCCAUUGCACUUUGGGAAAUCCAAAAUAUUUGCUGAUGAUUCUGUGCCACUGAGGAGGAGGAUUUUGGACCCGGGAGAUGAGCUGGUUCAGCGUUGGAAUAAAAUAUUUCUCAUUUCUUCUUUAACUGCUCUAUUUCUUGAUCCACUUUAUUUCUAUCUGCCUUUAUAUAGAAGUGACAAUGCAUGUAUGCAAAUUGAUAGGACUCUUGCGAUUGUUGUCACUGUUUUCCGUUCAAUCGCAGACCUAUUUUACAUUUUGCAUAUGAUAUUAAAGUUUCGGACUGCAUAUAUUGCUCCAAGCUCGCGGGUUUUUGGCAGGGGUGAACUUGUUAUUGAUCCGGCACAAAUUGCAAAGAGAUAUUUGAAGACAGAUUUCUUUCUAGAUCUUGUUGCAUUGUUGCCCCUCCCUCAGCUUGUCAUCUGGAGUGUAAUACCUGCUCUAAGAAGGUCAAGUGCUGAUCACACCAAGAAUGUCCUGGCUAUGAUUGUCCUGUUCCAGUAUUUUCCCAGGUUGUUUUUAAUCUUUCCUUUAACAUCCGAAAUUGUUAGAACUACUGGAGUUGUUACCAAGACCGCUUGGGCUGGAGCUGCAUACAACUUAUUGCUUUACAUGCUAGCUAGCCAUGUUUUAGGUGCUUCUUGGUAUCUGUUGGCUGUUGAACGCCAAAACACAUGUUGGCGGAGCGAGUGUAAAAGUGAUAGUAUAUCAAAUUGCCAGCUUGACUUUUUAGAUUGUGACAGUUUGAGUGAUGGUUUGAGUUCUGCUCGUCAACAGUGGAUGAACACUACACAAGUAAUAAAUAAUUGCGAUGCAAAUAAUUCAACCAUCACUUUUAAUUUUGGUAUUUAUGGGGGUGCUUGGCAAUCUGGGAUUGUCUCCUCAAAAUUCCUUGAGAAGUAUUUCUUCUGCUUCUGGUGGGGAUUGAGAAAUCUGAGUUCAGUGGGGCAAAAUCUUGUAACCAGCACUUAUAUCUGGGAGAACUCAUUUGCAAUUGUUAUUUGCAUUGUUGGUUUGGUAUUAUUUGCACAUCUGAUCGGAAAUAUGCAGACCUACUUACAGUCUCUAACAGUUAGGCUUGAAGAGUGGAGAGUCAAAAGAAGGGAUACAGAGGAAUGGAUGAGACACCGUCAACUACCUCAAGAUCUCCGUGAACGUGUUCGUCGCUAUGUUCAGUACAAAUGGGUUGCUACUCGAGGGGUUGAUGAAGAGACACUUUUGCGGGGCUUACCCACAGACCUUCGUCGCGAUAUACAGCGUCACUUGUGUUUGAACCUUGUACGGCGGGUCCCCUUUUUCUCACAAAUGGAUGAUCAACUUAUUGAUGCUAUAUGUGAACGGCUAACACCUGCUCUAAGCACUGAAGGAACAUAUAUUGUCCGGGAAGGAGAUCCAGUGAAUGAAAUGCUCUUUAUCAUCCGUGGUUACUUAGACAGUGCAACAACCAAUGGAGGUAGAACUGGCUUUUUCAAUUCAAUUACAUUGGGUCCUGGUGAUUUCUGUGGUGAGGAGUUGCUCACUUGGGCAUUGCUUCCGAAAUCCAGUUUAAACUUACCAUCCUCGACAAGGACUGUUAGAGCAUUGGUGGAAGUAGAAGCAUUUGCAUUGCGGGCUGAAGAUCUAAAGUUUGUUGCAAAUCAAUUCAGGCGGUUGCACAGCAAGAAACUUCAACAUACAUUUCGGUUCUAUUCUCAUCAGUGGAGGACAUGGUCAGCCUGCUUUAUACAAGCAGCCUGGCGGCGUUACAAGAAAAGAAAGUUAGCAGCAGAACUUCUUAAGAAGGAGAGCUUCUACUAUUAUCAAAAGCAAGAAUUGGAACCCAGUCAUGAUUUUGCUACUUCAGCAGAUGAUGCUAAUGCAGAAAGCUAUGGUACCCCUUCCACAGCCAUGGCAGAAGUUCCUCAGAAUAACCCUCUUCUAGGGGCUACAUUAUUGGCAUCUCGCUUUGCUGCGAAUACAAGGAGAGGGGUUCUUAGGACGAGGGCUAUGAGUUCUCAUGGUGCAAAUGAUCAAAUGCCCAAGUUACAGAAGCCUGAAGAGCCAAAUUUUUCUGCAGAGGUUGAGGAUGAGUAAUUUUUUUUAUCGAUUGUCACAUUCACAACCAGGUGCCAUAUUUCAUCUACAGCGAAACAUUUAAUCCUAACUCUGGAAACUAAAACAUAAAGCUUGUAAAUUUCUAUAAGAGAAAGUUGUGCAUUCUCUUGUGCAUUGAAUUUCUUGUGUUCAGUUUCUCGAUCACAUGGGUCUUGGUUUGUGUAUUAAGUUGAAAGAAUGUUUUUUCAUAUCAUGUGUUCAUCUAGCUUUGACAAUCUACUCCCAAUUUGGUCACAACUGUAUUAGCACAUGGGAUAUUUACAUAUGAAAGUUAAGUCUAUGUUCUUUGCAAA